UGCAACGAUACAUGUAACUGUGUCUGAUAACCCCAAUUUCAUCCAAUAUUAGCUUAAUAAUCGUAAGAUAUUAGAUGGAAAGGGAAAAACGGGGGACGUCUAUUUUUCUGUAUACAUACGUUUCUCCUUGUAGAAAAUUCAUACAAAAGAAAAGCGAUUGUAACUACCUAUGUGAAAUCUAGCACAGUGUCUUUAUCCACAUCAAGACAGGACAAAUUCUUUAUAGCAUUCGGGUCCUCGGAGGCCAGCGAAGUGAAGUACACUUUUGCCUGAAGAACAUUCUUAAAAUUCAACAUCAAGGAUCAUUUGCUGGUUGUCGUUUCGUUUCAACAAUAAAAAAUGUAAGGAAAUAUUUGAAACCACGGUUAAACACGUGUAGAGCACUAAAGCAACUUCGCUUUGAUCUUAUUAGGCAGACUUUAGCCCUUGAUAUUUCUAGACUCCACGAAAAGAAAUGUUGAAAAGAAUUCGUUGCCAGGUGCAGCCCUUAUUAACAGUGAAGAUGAUGCGGGUCAUUUAAUGACUCACUCUCGUAGUCUUUUGGCGUCAUUUUGGCUUUUCAGUGCCUCUUUGGCUUUUCGGUGAUUUUUUUGUGUCUUAAUGUGCUAUUUUUAUUUCUUUGGUGUCUUUGUUUUUUUUUUGUUGUUUUUUGGGUAUCUUUUUGGUCUUUUGGUCCCUUAAGGCCUUUCUAGUUUUCUAGUGUCGCAUAUGCAACCGAAAUUCACGUUUGAACAUAUCUGUUUCUAUAUUGUACUUAGUUAAUAGCGAUUCAUUCACAAGCAGUUUCAGCAAAGAUUGUGUCCAAAUCUUUUAUACAUCAUUUAACCUGAAAAUUACCAUUUUUUGGAGAUAUCUUGCAACUUCUUUUUAUUUUGUUAGCCUACUCGCUGCAGCGGUACCAAUCUCUGUGUAUCAUUAAAUGAGUUUAGCAAAGAGAACACGGAUCUUACCGGACCGUAGAACACAGUACUAAGAUAAUCUGAAUUUACUGUGCGACCAAACUGCUUAAAAGAUUGCUAUCAAAUGGCAAACUACGACUUGCCCUUACAGGUUUAUACUAAGUAGCAAAAAAUUAUAAGUGUAAUCCUAUCUUGAAAAUUAUUCCUUAUAGCUAAAUAAGAGUACGUCCUUGCAAGCAGCUUCAUAUGUAAAUGUUAACUAUUUCAAUAUGACAUUUCCCACUUUCAAUAGAAACGCUUCAUAUUACAAUUCUAUAAUCCGACAAAUAUCAUGUCAUUUAUGUAUGAUUGAAUAAACAAAUAUGAACACGCCCGCUGGAAUUGGGUUGAUUAUUUUUUUAACACUAGUCGAUUAGAUAGCACCCCACGUAUUAUCCUGAACCGCAACUUCACUGCUUUUUUUUGUAACAACACUAUUCUAGUACUAUUAUUAACUUCAGAGUCACCGGGAUGGCAAAUAGUAAAUCAUGUACUUCGGAGCAUUACCUCAAAUGACGUUUUAGCACGAAGCUGGAACCAAAAAUGGAUGAAAACCUAUCAUCACAUUAUUUUGAUCUUAUAGAAAAAAAAAUGCUAGGGAAAAUCACUCCUUUGUAAAUUACCAACUAAAACUAAAGUUUAGAUCGAUUUGAACAAACUUCACUUAUCUAUAUUUCGAAAACUAGGCGUUCAUGACAGUAAAGUUAUUAUCUUAGAACCACUAGGAUAUUAACUAAGCAAAAACAAUAGUGUUUAGGUUGGAAGGCCUUCUUCGUGAGUAGACCGUUGGCUCUUUCUUUCUUGCAUUUUUAAUUCUUGCUUCUUCAACAUACAAACUUAAACUCUCUAUAAUCAACAUCUAAAUCCUAUAAGGAGCAUGUCUUUAACGUGAAUACGUUCUUUUGGACGAAGCUCAGAAGACACAAAGGAAAAGCUGUGAGCUUAAUACAACCCCAUCCAGAACAAAUCGUUAAAAGAUUUGCUGAUCGGAGGUAAAGAUCCAAACAGAAUUUCAGAAAAACUAUGAACUAAUGCCAAAACUGGCCUAAAAGUACGGAUUCUUAUAAAGUGAACUUAUACGGUAGGCCCAACAAUUUACUAGACUUAAAAACAGAAAUUUCACUAAUAAGCGCGUUUUUCAAACGAAUGAAUUUAAUAACGGUAAACAAUUAUUGGUGGCAAUGAGAAAGAUAAGGUAUACAGAAGCUGACUAUUGAACUUUGAGUCAUAUGCAAUUAGCGUAAAAAUGCUUUUACUCGGAAUUUAACCGGAAAUUAAAAAAAAAAAAAAAAAGUGUAAAAUGAACGUGAUAAUGGAACUAAAAAGAAGCAGUGGUUACAAGUAUCGUGUGAUGAUGAUAGGAGUAAUCGACAGCCUGCAGUGAUUGCGGUAACUCAUUACGUUAUCUUCUAUGUGAACCUGAGCUUCUAAUUUCGAGUUAAUUCACUAACGCUUCUGAGUAAUAGAUUUUCUGUCUAUAAUCAGCAAGCAAGCAAGCAAGCUCUGCCCGAGUCAGUCCGCCUGCAAAAGUAGCAAAUAUUACUAGCGCACCACAUCCCAAAGCAUCCAUCGUUGAAAUACUUGAGCAAUAGACGAUCAUCAAACAAUAAUAAUCACAGCUGAAUUGAAUGACUGAGACUAUCUUCCUUGGCACCGACAUCCGGCGUUCGGUCGUGGCAUCAUCAUCAUCUUCGUGUUGUUAUUAGCGGUACUCCACGUGCGUAAGUGACAAACGUCGAACAAAGACGAUUCUUCACGACCGACCGAACGUAAAUGUGUACUAUUGGACAGCUGUAACGGUGGCGCUUCUUUCAUUACUAUUAACAUUUGUUCAUAGUCGCGCCUAUCCUAUCUCUAGUCCGCCGAAGUAGCUACAGCAGCCCAAAAAAAAGAUAUAUUCGAUGCCCGAUCGACGUACACCCCCUUUCUGUUUCCAUAAAUCCUGUUCUUUUUCGUCUAACUGUGAAUUUGUGCGUGGCAGUUGUAAUAUUAAGGGCAGUAGCAGUCAAUGUUGUUGUAGUGGAAACGGCGUCACACAGCGGGGUAUCCAUAACCACCAUCUGCCCCCCCGACUGCUGUAGUUAACUGGUAGUCGAGUGGAGCGUCUACUGAAAGUGUAGUCUUUAGCUGCUGAAACAAAGCUGGCGGCAAUAACAACAACAACAGCAACGGCAAAUAUAGCAGUUCUCAAGACCAACACGCCAGCGGCAUGACGAGCUACCGCUGUUAUUCGUUGACAUGCCCUAGCCGUUGAAUUGCUGCCGUUGACGCCGUCAGCACAGGCGCCGGAUCAGAGUGAAUGGCCACUCUCCAACGUCGCAGUCGCAACGCGCGUCAUAGUCGUCUAGAACAGCCGUCAAUACUUCGUUCUGCUAUAGGAGCAGAACUCAAACGGCUGCUACGGUCGCUGCGGCGUUAGGGGCCGCGGACACUAAACUGAUGCCCGGCGUUUCUUCCGUUGGCGCGGCUGUUCAAGCUGUUGCCGCCAAUAGUGAGGAGUUUUUAGAGGCAGGUGAACGUAUACACUGGCGGGUAGGCCUUUUCAGCUUUUCGAGCAGCAAUAAUCACGACUUGACGUGACAUUGCACUCUGCUAUUACUAUUCCCAUCGACCACCACCAUUUGCAGGACUGCUAUCGGCGGCAGCUCGACGCCACAGACAGAGUGGCCGACCAGAGCAAGACGGAGUGAAUGACGCGAAAGCUGAACCACACCUUAGAAAGCCGUAGCUGAUGUAUGGGCUUUCCCGCCAUUGUACAUCCGUUGGAUUGUGUGCCGUAUUUGUGCAUUGAAGUGACGACGCAUUAAGACUACCUGCUUACGAACACUCCCGUGCAGUAGCCAACUUCUCGAGCCGUUACGAUUCGGGUGUUUGGCUAUGUUUCUAUGUGCGGUAUGCAUGUGUCUCUGGCAGACCUGCUUAAAAAUUGUUUCCGUGUUCUCCACUCGGUCCUCACGUCUAACUUCAGAAGGCUAACUUUUUUUCAGAACGAAAAGGAAUCUGUCUGUGCCUGAAUUUGAACACAAAACAAUACAUUUCGUUAUACUUAUCAGGUAGACCGGCUACCCGCUGGGCUACCACCAGAACACAGCGCACUAACGUACGGCACUCACCAACCUGGAAAUGGUUUCACAACAAAAUGCUGUUGGGUGACAUGCUAAUUGCGUCCUGUGAGGUGAGUGAGACAUGAAACAGAUUUCAUUUUCGUUUGGAAUAGCGAGAAAAGAGAAGCGCAGGGAGAGACGGAGAGAGAUGUUCGUAGAGCCGCCUCUCAUGGGUGUCUGUGGCAAUAGGACCAUUGAACGCCAGCGGCGUCGCUUCUCGAAUAUGGUUGUUGAGUAUAGCAUGACGCCACAACAUCAGCAGUGGUAUUUGUGGAGUUGACUUACUGGAGCAGUAAUGGCCAACCGUCAUCAUCAGUAGCGCCGCAAAAUCGAGAAAGAUGACGGCAAAAGCCAGCUUCUGUCGGGAAGCCGUUCUCGAAUGGCUUAGCACUUAGGCCCGUGUGAACACACGGCCUCUGCUGGCGCUAACGUAGCGGUAGGAAAAACAGGCAGCAGACUGCACUGGGAUCCACAUUGUCACCGGAAUGUUCUGCGAGCGAUGACAACAUUAUACAGGCAGUACAAUUACUAUGUCAUCGGUACAUAUUUCAUCCUGCUUCCACUAAUUCGUCCGUCUGUCUGUCUGUCUGUCCAAUUGUUCAGUAGCAGCCCGUCAUUCGACGAUUCAAACUACAGUUUGUGCUUUUUUUUUUGAGUGAAGUAGAGUGACUGAGUGCGAAGUGAAGGGGGCAUACCGGAUGUGUGGUGUGGAGCUCAUUAAGGAUGUAGUCCGACUAUAUAUUAUGUAAGCCGUAUCUUGUCGUUGUUGCUGGCAUAGCUACAGUGUGCGAACGCUUCUAAGUAAUACUCGGUGAUUGCCGUCACAAGAUAUUCUGAUAGCUAGCUCAUACAAUAUGUAUCGAGCCAAUUCUUGGCGGACCGAUGGACGCGUCCAUUACGAUAGAAUCGAGCGUAAGUUAUUUGUUUUUCCUUCUUAGCAAGCGUAACUGUGCAGAACGGACAAGUUCGAAAAUAGUGUGUUUUCAAUACAGCGUAUCUAGCACGCACGUACUGGCUAACUUAGUGGACAAGCGAAAUUGUUAGGAGUUAUACAUGCGCCGCCGAAUACUAGUCGUAACAGGGUAACUUACAUUUAAGAGCCAAUCAGCACAAAAACUAGUCCCGCUUAACUAGCAGCGUAACAAGAACGAUACGUUGAAUAAUAAAAUUAUUUUUAUUUAUUUCCUGCAUCGCGGUAGUAUUUCUGUUUGGCCAAGCGCGUGUUGGUAUCACAUCAUUAAUCGAUAGCUGGAUGCCGGAACGGAAGCGGACGCUCGUCUUAGACGACUGCCUGAAGCGCGUCGUUCUGCAUGAAAUUCGUGAGGAGAUUGAUCUCAUUAGGCGUCUUCGUAUGUGAGUUCAUCACGAGCAUGUACUUGCAUAGAUCGGUUGAGAUCUCUAAUGGACAGUAAAAGACGAUUUAACAGUCCCGGCUCUAAUUAUUAAUGUACAAGAUAUGCUCCAUUUUUAUCGCUAGGAUAUGAACAGGAAGACGUUCUCGAUGACUAAACACCAAGAAGAGGAAAUGAAUGGGGAUGAAUUUUAGAUUGAGCAUUGAAGCUGCCGACAAAAGUUCGCACACACGGCCUCACGGAGCUUUGUUUUUGUUUAACGUAUGCGACAGGGAUUCCUUCCUCUAUAUGAUUGCCCUUUUGCAGAAGCUGAAGCCGGUCUUCAAUAGUAAUACGAUCAGAUACCUUGUCGGAACGCAACGGGACCAACGAAGCGGAAAUGUAGACGAGCCUAAUGAGACGAAUAUUGAAGAAGCCGUCACGCUAGCAGUGAAAAACCUCAUGAGGUAUCGUGAGACAUCUGCUACAACCAGUGAAGGUGUACAGGGUGCUUUCAUGUCAGUCAUUUAUGAUGUUCACCGCCUAGGAUUACGCUUGGAAGAUCAAAGUUUAAUUAGAAACUUGGGAAGCUUUGUAUCCCUUCCACGCAUGAAAGAGGACAUCCUUAUAAACUUUAGCCGAAAGUUAUCACUUGACAGUGAUAGUUCAGAGUAUGCCAGUGAAUUAAGCUGUGCAGAAUGCGAUAUUAACGAUUUCGUCAAUAGUCCUGAUGUUGGCUUAGACGAGAGUGCCAUGGACGAGGCCGCCGUAGACCGAAUCGCCUCAGAAGACCAGAGAGUAGACGAUUUAGAAAUCUCUAGUAAAGACAAUACAUGUUACCGACUUUGACCACCCCUCCUGAUAUCCUUACCGAUUACACACUCAGUAUACAAUCAGGUAUACAUUUUCAAGCCGGACCUUGCCUAACUCUAAGGUACCAGAGCAAACAGCACACGAUAAGCGCUCGUGCUACUGGAAAAGAAAGGAAAGGCCGAACUUUUGCGUAAUCGUUUUCUUGAGCAUGAUGGGUCAUCUGUCGUAAUAUAGUACUUAUUAGUCAUGUGCUUUCGAGAGUCGUCGUUGUUGUUGAGAUAAAGAGCCUCGAGCGUUUAUGGUGCGAUAUCUCUAUUAGAAAGUUUAUUUACAAACUCUCUUUAAUAAUAAUAAUAAUAAUAAUAAUAAUAAAAAAAAACUCUUUAUUCGUGUAUGAAGGUAAAUGUUGUGAUGUGUUUCCCUGAUGUGUACGUAGUGAAGGAACUUCUAGCUUACAUGUAGAAUACUCUAACCAAGCUAUUUGUCUCGGAUUGACAUAUCCGGCCUGAACCGUCUGUCAUUCUAUUCAGUUUCUUCAUAGUAACUGCAUAUUCUGCGUUCUGAUGUGACUGGCUGAUGGAAAAAGGCUACAUCGUAUGUAAGCAAAGGCUGAUGCUAUUCUGUGGAAAAUAAGUUAGCUAGGUUUAGGUUGUUCAAUAAAGCUAUGGUGGCUGGCAGUAUUUUGAAGGUUUUUAUAGGACUACGUUCCCAACUUUGAAGGCUUGAGGCGUCACGUGUUACUAUGAAAUGUUUAAUAAAUUACUAGACUCCAAUCAAGCCAAAAUAAUAUCUGUUCAGUUGAUCUAAUUAACUAAACGCAUAACUUAACUUAAGUCUUGAGAGAGUCAUCGGAUCUUCAGACCGAUCAUUAGAACUGAGCUAAAAAAUAUUACGGUCGGUUUAGAUGGACAUUCGAAAGUGUUAUUGGGCUGGAACUUUAUCUUGGAAUAUGUGGCGUUAACAUUAUUGCCAUCGUCAUGCUUGCAUCAUUUUCAUAGCCAUUGGAUUUAUUGACUUAAGUUGAAAUUUGGGCAAAUUCGUUAGAAGACUCCACGUAUUAUGCCUAUACUAAAGAAUCAUUGGUCACCUCUACUGUCACCAACUAUGCUUGCCAACUAUAUUGAUCAUCGGGCACGUGGACAAUACUUGGGUUGUGACAAACGGCACUCAUUUAAUAAAGUUUUGCUAUGACAUAGCACGCGGGAGCUUGUUCAAUUAUAUUACUAGGGACGGACAUUUGUUCUGUUUGGCAAAGGCACAUGAAUUUAAAUAAUUCUUUCACUGGAGUUUUGAAAAAAAAAAUAGCUGAAAUACAAAGAAACACACUUCAGACAAUCGUUGCAUCUUCAUGUUUAUACCAAAGACCUUCAGUUCCGACUAUAAUAUUCGUUUGCUUGUUUUAGCCCAGUAGAGUAAACACGUCACGUGUACUCUUGAGUGAAAUUAGUGAAUAUGUAUGGGUAAGGUGUCUGAAAGAGCGAAAUGACACAGAAAAAUAGACAGGCCAAAUUCGAUUUUGCCUAUCACAGCUAAGAAAUUUACAAACGGCUUGAAUUUAUUUGGCAUUCUACAAGUAGUCCUAUGCGUGCGACAGUUCUAUAAAUGCCUGAAGGUACCGUUUAUACAUAUGAGGAUAAAUGAUUAUAUGGCUAGCAAGUGCGUGUUAUUGUGUUUCUUCGUUGUAGUCCAACGCUCCGCGUCACUAACUAGUAAUUAUAUGAGAUUAUCUCUUUCACUUCGCCACUUCAAAUUCAAGAAUAUGGCUAUCUUUCCUUUUUGUAUAUAGAGUUCUAUAGAUCUAUAUCUGCACAUCACGGAAUUACGUUCUACAGAUCAUUUGAAUGUUCUCUAACUGCCCACUUUGGUGUCUUAAUUAAUGCAGUUUAAGGCGCUCUGAACAAUAACUGGGUCAAAAUACAAGUUUGAUUAACAUUGGGGUAUCCCAAUGUUAAUCAAAGGUCAACGAUUUUGUUGAUCUUCUAGAAUUAGCGAUGUGAACGGUUGAACUGGUCCAUCUUUAGAUCUAUAUUCCCUCCCAUACGUCUUUUUAUAUUUGUAUCUAUUCUGUUAGCCUCAGUUUAGCACUAACUGUGGGUGUACGCAGAGUGCUAUUAGGAUAGAUCAAUUAGCUCUCUCAAGCUAAAACUCGUGCAUUUAUCUUACUAACGUAGGUAAAUCAGCCUUCUUCAAGCAGAGAGUCACACACUUUUUCACACAGACAAGUUGUACGCGCGUCAGUCUUUCAUCUUGGACGAUCUGCCCCUUUAUGCUGCAUUGUAACGCAGGCAUGCGAGGAAUUUUCUUGGCCCGUUGAUCGUAGCUGACCGAAGUGGACCUCGCUCGAUGGAUUUUUGUGGACGUUGUCCACCGCCAAUCUAAACGUCGUUUACUUUCACUUGUGUACUUUUAUCGGUGAACGACGCUCCACGUACUUUUGUCAAAGACAUGUAUCUUUCAGUUACAUUUAUACGAAGCUAACUGUUCACGCUUCUGUCAUAAGGACUAACAUUGUGAAGCUUCUAUCCUUAGCUAAGAUGUAUGACCAGUUGUGUAUGGUGGCAACGGAGCAGUGCGUGCGGUUGGUACUGGAUGGUUUGGCAGGCAACGCUUCGUUUCGAAUGACUCAUAUGGUCUUGGGAGACCCAGCAGGAGAACCGCCCGGCGUUAUUUGUUUGCUGCAGAAAUUAUGUUUACCAUAUAACCUCACAGACAGCUAAUAUUCCCGCAGUCGUGUCCGUCUUC